AUGGCAGUUCAUAUUUGUAGAAAAUUGUCAAGCAUGGAUUUGGAAGGCACACUGUUUGGAGAAAUUCAAAAGCUAUCUGAAUUACAAAUGUUGAUCUUGGCUGGUUGCAAUUUUACUGGUACAAUUCCUGACACGAUAGGAUCUUUAGAGCAGCUAGUCUUUUUAUCUCUAAAUUCUAAUAAAUUUAGUGGGGGGAUUUCAGCUUCAAUUGGAAAUCUGCCUAAACUUUAUUGGCUAGAUAUGGCUCACAAUAACCUUCGAGGACCAAUCCCUGUCUCCAAUGGGAGCACAUCUGAUCUUGAUAUGAUGCUUCAUACUAAGCCCUUGUAUCUGUCCAACAAUAACUUGAGCAGCCCAGUGCUUAACAUUACUGGCAUGAACAACCUAGCCUACCUCUUUGAGCUUGCUGUUGAUGUUGCUGGUGCUGCCAUUAGUGCUGGUGUGUUGUUGCUGGUGCUCUACUGCUACAUUGAGCUUGCUGUUUAUGCUAUUGGUGCGGCCAAGCUUGCUGUUGCUGCUGCCAAGCUUGUUGUGUUGUUGCCAAGCUGCUGUUGCUGA